AGCUCUGACAGAUGAGCGCUCUGAAACACAGCACAGCACAGUUAGCACUUGUUGCUCCUGCGAACUGAUAUAAACCUUAACAAAUUCUCCUUGUUUUCCUUUUCCUAUUUUUUAAAAAAUUCUUAACUUGGAAAUAUAUCUUUGUUAGUAGAAGGUUCAGAAACAGCAAAGAGAUUGUUUAGUGGAGGGGAAGAAACCAUUGCAAGCACUAUUUUGUUUUUUUAAAAAAACGUUAAAAUAAAAGGAAGCAUUAGCUGUUAUUGGAACCUUUCAUUGCUUUGCGAUAUAAGGAGAACAUCACCUAGCUUGUGUUGGGGUUAAAAAUGACAGACUCAUCUCCUACUAACGGAGAAGGAAAGGACCCUGAAAUAGAGCUCUUUGUAAAGGCUGGUGUAGACGGAGAAAGCAUUGGGAAUUGUCCUUUCUCACAGCGUCUCUUCAUGAUACUUUGGCUCAAAGGGGUUGUGUUCAAUGUUACCACAGUUGACCUGAAGAGAAAGCCAGCUGAUUUACAUAAUCUAGCUCCUGGGAGCCACCCACCAUUCCUGACUUUUAACGGGGAAGUCAAGACGGAUGUCAACAAAAUUGAAGAAUUUUUGGAAGAGAACCUUUCACCUCCAAAAUAUCCCAGGUUAGCUGCCAAGCACCGUGAAUCAAAUGCUGCAGGCAUAGAUAUUUUCUCCAAAUUCUCUGCUUUUAUCAAAAACACAAAGCAGCUGGACAACACCAGUCUGGAAAGAGGUUUAACAAAGACUUUGAAGAAGCUGGAUGACUACCUGAGCAAUCCUUUACCUGAAGAGAUAGACGCAAGCUGUACACAGGAAGAGAAAGUGUCGAAACGCAAAUUCCUGGAUGGGGAUGAGCUGACUCUUGCUGACUGCAACCUUCUGCCCAAGCUUCACGUUGUCAAGAUUGUAAUGAAGAAAUAUCGAAACUAUGAGUUUCCAGCAGAAAUGACAGGACUUUGGCGAUACCUGAAAAAUGCUUAUGCUCGGGAUGAAUUCAUCAACACUUGUGCUGCUGACAAAGAAAUUGAAAUAGCUUAUGCUGAUGUAGCCGAACGGCUAAGCAAAUCCUAAUAAAAAUCUGUUCACUGGA